AUGUGUUUGUCUAGAUUCUCCCGGGAUCAAGCCAUCAUCAUCUCCGGAGAGUCCGGUGCCGGCAAGACCGUCUCCGCCAAGCACGUUCUUCGCUACCUGGCCACCAUAGCGGGCGCAGAGGCGCACGGUGACGUCACUCUGCGUGCCUCCACG